UUAACAUUACAUCCCAACUCCUGUACUUCUUAGAUGACAGGCGGGGAGCUGGUGCGGGCCGCUUUCUAGUCGAGGACCGGAGGUCACAGUGCACGGUGUGGGAUGAGGUAAAAGUAAACCCAGAGCAGCGCGCACUUUAGUUACAGGUUAUGACAGGUGGGGUGGUGUGCUCGACGAGUUUGCCCAGCCACCCUGGCGAUGUCACGGACUCCGAGAGUCUGGACGACGGCGGAGCAGUCGAUGAGCUGCUAAGCGAGCCUGACGGAGCGCCGGCUCGGCUCUCGGCUCUUCAGGUCUGUUUACCCGGCAGGCCCGGCGGCGCCUCAGUGAGCGGGCUCGGCACCAGUAUGACUUCGGCUCUGGAGAGCUACAUCAACCGUACAGUUGCAGUGGUCACAGCAGACGGAAGAAUGAUUGUGGGUACGCUAAAAGGAUUUGAUCAGACCAUCAACCUAAUCCUAGACGAAAGUCAUGAGCGAGUAUUUAGUUCACAACAAGGUGUGGAACAAGUAGUACUCGGCUUAUACAUAGUGAGAGGAGACAAUGUGGCAGUAAUUGGUGAAAUAGAUGAAGAAACAGAUUCUGCUUUGGAUUUGGGAAAUAUCAGAGCUGAACCUCUAAAUUCUGUGGUACAUUGAAAAUAUAAGAACUUUAAAUGCAUAUAUCGCCUGAGGAGAAUUGGAACUGAUGCAUCACCCUUUAGGAUAUUUGCAGUUCUGAAGGAAGAAAAGUUACUUCAUACCUGAGUAUUUUUAUGUUUUUGUAGUUUGCAUAUUUACAGAAAUUUUCUUAUGUAUUGAGUUCUUGUUGACCAAUUGAAAAUAAAAUUUUAAACUAUA